UUGAAGUCUCAUUUCCCCGCCAGUUCGGUAUUAUAUCACUCUAUUGACGGAAAACAAUAUCCGGCGACGGAAGGAUGCCGACGGUAUUCAUCGCCGUUCAGUGUUGUGAAUGCUCCACCAUGCAGGUAAAGCAGCAGAAGAAGAGUUUCAACAAAUGGACCUGCGUGGUUUGUAAUCAGAAACAGUCUGUUCGGAAAGUGUUCGCCCAGGGGUAUAAGGCUAAGGAAAUUCGCCUAUUUGUUCAGAGUUUCAAUAUGUCUCGCCAAUUUACGGAUCAAUUGCCUGUGAUAGACAGAGAAGAAAUUGAAACCCUAGAUAUUGAAGAGCAGAAUCAAAGUCAUGGAAGUUUGAAGAGAAAGGAUUGGACAGAGUACCUCGAUCCAGAAGAAGAUGCAAUUGAAAAUGAUGAAAUUUCAGGAGAUGUUAUGGAGCCGAAGAUUGUGACGGAGUUACCCAAAGAGUUAUUCAGAAGGCCUAGGUUGAACAACUACUCUGCUGUUGCAGGUAAUUUCAAACCAGUUUUCUCAAAGCGGAAUGCCAGAAAACAAAGCAUAUCUCAAGGUUACCGGAAUGCACAAAACACAGAUGUUGAGCCAAGCAAACAUCAGGCAACAAUGGCAUCGGUGAUCUCCAAGUGGGGAGAUAAUAGAACAGCGCCACUAGACAUGUCUGUUCAGCCAGCAACAGACAGUGUUUGCAAACUGAAUGAAGGUAUCAACCUAUAUGACAAUGACAAUUAUAGAAAUGAAGGAGAUCUUGGUUAUAGACAGUCAGUACAGAGAAGUCAGCCAAAGACGGCCAACAAAGUCUCCAAAUGGACCGAGUACAUAACUGAAGAUGAAGAUGAUUGUCUCUCGCAGUUUGCUAGUGGGAGAGGAUUCACGUCUGAAUUAAAUGAAGAUAUCAUCCGAUAUGACCAUGACAAUUGUGAAGGAAAUCUUGGUUAUAGCAAGUCAGAACAGAGAAGUCAUCCAAACACAGCCAACAAAGCCUCCAAAUGGACCGAGUACAUAACUGAAGAUGAAGAUGAUUGUCACUCGCAGUUUGCGAGUGGGAGAGGAUCCACAUCUGAUGUCAACAAAUGGAGUGGCAAUACCUUUGAGACCUCAUUGAAGGAUCAAAGACUAGAUGACGAAGAAAUCCACCCCGAUUUUCUCUAGACUUACUUCCAAGGAGUGUAUUAUGGGUGACAACAAGGGAGUAGUUUGUUUGAUUUAGUGUUGUAUCUUUUUUAUAGCACUGUCUUAACGCAGUGGACUGUAAGACGUGUAUAAGCUUGAACUAUGACUAUGAAGCCGCCCAAUACAGCAAGUUCUCGACAUGAAAAGGAGAAGAGGAAAUGCC